ACGUUUGUAACGUUCGACCAUGAGAUUCCUAUCUUGUUUCUUCGCCGCGUUCGCCAUAUCGCCAGCUCCGGACGUACCACAAAUCACGUCACAGCCGACAAAAACCGCCUCGCUACCUUCUUUCAUUCCAAAGUCAUCAUUGUCAUCCUCCUCAACCUCGCUACUUUCCGAUGGUGUCAGCAACUGGAUCGCGGCUACCGCCAGUGUUUCCGCGAUUGGGAGUGCACAGGCUCCACCGUCCCAGGCGGACGUCCAACUAUUACGAAAGGCGUUUGCCGAAUUUUACGGUGUGGAACGAGACCUCGACGCAUCUCUCGUUUUACUGACUCAGGUAGUGGAACGUUGGCAAGGCCAGCCGCCCGACGAACUAGCUGGACUGUACCGCGUGCGCGGAGAUUGUUACACACUCUUGGCGGACUCCAAGGCCGCCGUCAGUGAUUACACAAAGGCCAUUGAGUUAUUGCAGGGUCCUGGCGGGGAUCAGGCCGACCCGAUUGAACUCCCGUCCGCCUUGCUCGGCCGGGCCCGGGCCCUCAAAUCUCAAGGCACGGCUUUGACGAAAGCUCAGACCAAACAAGCCGCCGGCGAUUACGAACUCUCGUUAAAGCUGACUUCGCGUGAAGAUUGGGAUACAGAUGCCGAAUUGCUCGAAGACGGCGCCACCCGCAAUCCGUACGCUGCUUGGGAAUGGGGCACGGUCCUGAGACAGGUCAAUGACUGGAAACAGGCAGCUUACGCUCACUCUCUCUCAGGCACUGCCUUUGACGAAAUUGGUGACAAACCUCGAGGAGUCAUGGCGGUGAUUGACGCAGGGAUCGAUCUCGCCGGGGGUUCCGGGCAAACGAGCGAAGCGAAAUCUAUUUUGCAGAAGGCUAUUGCAAAAACCAAAGGCAUCGAAGCCCGGGAUGUGGGCUUACUGCAACGGCUCAUUGCCAAGGAAGGUGAAGGUAGAAUGGCACUGGCAGCAUUGCUUUGGGACGAAGGUUCCGUCGCCGAUGCGGAAGCAACGUUGGGACGGGCCUGCGAGCGAUUGGAACAACUACAAGUUGAUGCCUCUCAGCGCAACGCCAAAAAAGAUGGGGUGCCCUUGGAUGAACCAAAACGGCUCAAAUUUAGUAUUGACGACACAAACCCCGCAGUGUCCAUGUCCUGCUCACGUUUUAAGAAUUCGGCAUUCUUGGACGAGCAACUAGGAUGGUCGGAAUCCUUGCAAAAAAAAAUGAUCAAAUUGGAAACGCUAAAAUAA